GGACACAGUGUGUUUGGAAACAACACGCAAAUACUUCCAUCUAAUGAGGGCACGGAACUUCUUGAACCAGGAUCCUCGUUUACACUGAGCUACCAAGAGUAGUGCUUUUACAACAGAUCAAGUCACCGAGUGUUUUGUAAAUUGGCUUCCCGCAGUUUUAGUAUAUUUCUGCUUGCUUGGUCAAGAAAGGAAACAUGGAAAACCCGGAAGUCUCGGACGGAGAGACGAUCUCUAUGAUCAUUAAAACGCCCAACCAGUUUCACGGCGAUCAAGUGAUCGAGGGUGUGCGCAUGGACUGGACCGUGAAGGACCUCAAAUGUCAUCUUUCUAAGGUUUAUCCCAGCAAUCCGGCUGAGAAAGAUCAAAGGCUCAUUUACUCCGGGAAGCUGCUUUCAGACGGCUUGCAGAUAAUAGAUGUUUUCUCUAAGGUACCAUCAGAUACCAAACCCACUCUUCACCUGGUGUGUGCUUUUAGACCCCAGUCUGCUGCACAGCUUGGCGCAAGGCCCAAAGUAACACCGCAGGAAACCACAGAAUCUGUUUCCCCAAGUUCACCUGUAACCUCCGUACCCUCUACAGAUGGCCUUAGACAGCGAGGUCACGCGGUCUCGCCCGCAUCCGCUGGGAUAAACGCAGGGAUGUCUAUGCCUUUCACAGCAGCGAUGAACCAUCCCACUUUUCCCACCUACUCCCUCUACAGUCCACAACAGCUUCUUUGGCUACAGCAGAUGUAUGCUCGCCAGUACUACAUGCAAUACCACGCUGCCAUGGCAGCCGCCACAGAAGCUCCAAUGGCCGCCGCUGCUUCCUCACUUCCUGUCGCCCCUCAUCAAGCCGCAGUACCUGGAGCUUUAGCCAAUCAGGGCCCCAUCAACGACUUGCCACCCAUUAACCCAGAAGGUGCCAAUCAGAAUCUUCGUAUGAAUGCUCAGGGUGGACCCGUAAUGGAGGAUGAGGAGGACAUGAACCGCGAUUGGCUGGAUUGGGUGUACACGGCGUCCCGAUUGGGUGUUUUCUUGAGCAUUGUAUAUUUCUACUCCAGUGUGAGCCGCUUUGUCCUGGUCAUGAGCAGCCUGCUGAUUAUGUAUCUACACACAGCAGGCUGGUUUCCUUUCAGACGAAGACCCCAAGCAAGACCUCAUAACCCGCCAGCACCAGAGGUCAUUCAAGACCAACAGAACCAGAAUGAGGACAGACAUCCAGAACCAGUGGAGCCCCCUGCUGGAGUGGAGGAUGCAAAUCCAGCUCCAGAAGAAGCGGUUCAACCCUCCAUGACAGCAGUUCCUGUUCCCACAGUACAACCACCUAUUCUCUGGACUGCCUGGGUCUUUUUUAAAGCUUUCUUUGCUUCUCUGAUACCAGAAGUUCCACAAGGUGUGGCAAACUGAUAACAUUCUAGCAUCAAAGGACUAUAAUAACAGACUCUACAGCCCAUGGCCUGACCAUUUGAACUGAACAUUAUUACUGAAGACUAUAUGUCCUAGAUUGAUUUUGCUCUGUGGAAAGAGAGCACUGUCCUUUUUUUUCAAAUGGUUGGACUUUCUGUAUAAAGAACUUUUAAGACAUGGCAGUGUAAUUAUAACUCGACUGUUUUUGAAAGCACUUUAGAUCUUCAUUAAGUGAAAUCAAUGGUAUCAGUUUCUUGGUCUGAUCCUCUUCGGUUAGGCUUCUGUCACCAAGGCUUCAUUUUCAUGGAGUGCUUUAUGUUAAGUGAUCUGAGGAUUAAACUCUUGAAUCUUAUUAAGGUCCGAGUAUAAUGGACAAUGACGGCUAUACAUUUACGGAGGCUGUUUGGAACAAUGCAUUUGGGUCACUUUGAAGAUCUUGGAAAUUAUGGCUAGUUUUUUAUUUGAAUUGUAAAGUUAGCAAUGAUAACGCUCAUGAAGAAGGUUCGGUUUGUAUAAGUAUUAUAAGCAGGAGAAUUUGCAACUCGGCGCACAGAAGAUUUGGUUGUUGAACUUAGUUUGAAAAUCAACUCAAGGCAAACCUUACUUUAAAUAUUCUAACAUAAACAUAAGAAACUACACUUUGCUGUCAAAAGUAAAAGACGGAAACUAAAAAAUAACUCCCUCUGAGGUACAAAAAACAAUUUUAAACCUGUUGUAGCAAAUUUCAUUUCAUGUGUAAUAAUGCUUUGUAAUUAGCAUUAAAAAAAUAAACAUAUUUGUAUAAAGAAAAUUAAA